UGAAAUAAUUGUCUUGGAUAUUCAACAAGGGAAACAUGUACAGCUCCUUUACCGCAAUUUGCAAGUACAAGUGUCGUUCGAACGGGAAAAAGAAAAACUAAAAAGAAAAAUAUCAGCUAAGCUCGCUCAAAGCAGCAACUGAAACAGCCAUGGCGGUUAUUAACUCCUUUAACUACCAUAAACCUUUCCUUCCUUUAUUAACUCAACCCAGAAACCCUAAUUUCAAUUCCUUCAAAUUUGAUCCCAAAAUCCCAAAUGAAGCUUCCAGAUUUCGUUUUCCAACCCGCCGUACCGUUCCCGUUAAUGGCUCGCUCCAAAACUCUGACCAAAACACUCCCCAAGGUGAUGAAGUUGAGAAUUUAGGAGUUAAAGCUGCGUUAUCCAUGCUCAAAUUCUACAAAAGGGAAAUCUCGCCUCUGUUACCAAAAAGUUGCCGUUUUGUUCCCACGUGUAGUGAGUACUCAAUGGAAGCUUAUAAGAAAUAUGGGGUUGUAAAGGGCACAGUUUUGACAGCUUGGCGUCUUUGCCGUUGCAAUCCUCUUGGCGGGUCUGGAUUUGAUCCUCCAAGGUGGUUUGAUGAGGAAAAGCCAACAGAAGAAUGAGAGAUUCUCUCUUGGUUUGUUAAGGUAAUAUCAGUGAAGGUGUUUCAUUGGAAUGGUGGAACAAAUGAAGUUGUAUCCUGUGCUCCAUGACCAUAAAUUCUUUGCGAAUAGGUGAUCUAGUUUCUGAUUUCAGUCUGUUAGUAGAAAUCAAUUGUACCUCCUCUUGCUGAGUAGAAUAUUUCAAACAAUAUUCAGGCAGUUGACUUUAUUUAUAUGUAUGAAUUUACUCUUGCUUUGGCAUUUGCAAACCUUAAUUGCUGCACAUAGGAGUGGAUCUUGGUAGAGUUUGGCCUGAAAAAGGGUUCACAGUCUUUUAUUUGGAAGUUGUUCUACCAUUCUUGGAGAUCAUUUUUGGGUACUCUUCAAUGUGACCUCUGCUUUUUUCUUGUUCAUCUUGACUCCUAGCAGCAUAUAUUUACUCAAGAUUUCUUUAUGUGUUUUAAUCUUCUACUGAAUCUAUUACUCAAGAUCUUUCCUCUUUACUUGGAUUCCAAUGAAAAAAAAAGGAGGGUAGAUAGACUAGGGCUUCAUUUGGAUGGACGGUGAAAUUAAAAACAAUAAUAAAAUUUACUGUAAUUGCAAUUAAAAAAAUUUAUUGUAGCUGUUAUUGAAAAAAAAAUUUAAUAAAAAAUUUAUACUGACACGAUCUCACUGGAAUUGAUGUUUGAAUUCAAUUGAAGAUACGAUAAACUUAAUCACAUCGUGCCUUCGAUGCUAGGUCUUCAUAAAGCUAUAUUCUUAAAACCUCAAUAUUAAAAAUGGUGCAUAAAAUUUGAAUUGCUUCUUAUUCCUUUCCCAACAUAUUCUUGGAAGUAUAAAAGAAAAAUGACACGUUAGUUUAGCUUACAAAUGGGUACUCUUUAUUUGAUUUCUUUAGCUCACUUGAAAGAAAAUUACACCAGCCAUAUCUGUUCUUUCAGAAAGAAGACUAUAGUAUUUAGUUAUGCAAAUUAAAAUCCAAUGUUGUGCUGGACUCAAUGUUUUUGUCGCCACUGAAUCUUCCAUUAUAACAUAAAGUCAUCACAAUUUGAACCAAUAAUUUAGCAAAGAUUAAAAUAACAACACAUGAAAAUAUCAGACUAACUGAUCUGGACAGAUAAAUUGGGUCCCCACAGAAUAUGUUCCUCAACUAUGGUUCCAUAUGAUAGGUUUCCAUCAUUGGCCGAAUCAAAUUUGGAAGUCUACCUCAAAUCAAAUCCAAACAAUGUCCUUCACUUAAGAUUGGACCACCACUAUCAGCUCUGGAACUCUGCGGAAGAACCCAGAUUCUACUUUCUUGGAAACGGCAUUGAUAAUUGAUACUGAGUGACCAACAAAAAAAUAUGUAAUUUUUUUCUGAAAUGGUUUUGGAACAUG